AUCCGGGCCAAGUACGUGGAGAAGAAAUUCCUGAGGGGCGUGGCCGGCACCGCCCCCCGGAACCGCCCCCCGCGCCAGGGACACGCCCCCCGAGGAGGCCCCGCCCAAGCCCCGCCCCCGGAUGCCGCUGAGCCCGAGGGCGCCCCCUGCCUGCACCCCGGGGCUCUGCUCUUCUGGGCCGCCCGGCGCCGCCGCCUGCCCACCAUGGCCGAGGCGCUGGCGCACGGCGCCGACCCCGGCUGGGCCAACGGCGCCGAGGGCAACCGCACGCCGCUGCUGGAGGCCGUGGCCGUGAAUUCCCUGCUGGCCUGCGAGUUCCUGCUGCAGAACGGGGCCAGCGUCAACCAGAGCGACAGCCGCGGCCGGGGGCCGCUGCACCACGCCACCAUGCUGGGACACACCGGCCUGGCCUGCCUGUUCCUGAAGCGGGGGGCCGACGUCAACGCGGUGGAUGCGGACGGGAGGGACCCCCUGACCAUCGCCAUGGACUUGGCCAACGCCGACAUCGUCACCUUGCUGCGAUUGGCCAAGAUGCGAGAGCUGGAGGUGGCCCAGGGACAGACCAGUGACGACACCUACCUCGACAUCUUCCGCGACAUCUCCCUGAUGGCCUCGGACAACCCCGAGAAGCUCGCCCGGACCCCUCCCCCCAAACACUCCACCCUUUAGCCCCGCCCCCUCGGCAAACCACACCCCUUCAGCAGAACCACGCCCCCUCAGUA